CUGUUCUAACUGGGCCAGGUUUGAUUGGACCGCGUUGGCCCCAAAAUCACGGGAGAGAAAUCUCAUCGUUUGAACCAGUUGAGCUCGAAGAGCCACCACCACCGGAGCGGAGCCAUUCUUUCACCCAACAAACUCCAUUAACGAACUCCAUCUUGCUAGACCCGUCUAUUAUUGUCUCUUCCCCAUGGAAACCCUAUCUUCUCAGCUCACUUCCACUGUUCGUUUACCGUCACUGGUAUCCGUUAGGUUUAAUGGCAGAUCAGUCUCCAGCUCACUUGCUCUUACCGGAACCGGCUCUGGCUCGCGUGGCCGUACAAUCAGAUGCAUGGCGCUAUCAUCACCUUCAGCAGUUGAUCAGGCAGAAAGAUUUGUAGAAGCUUCAAAAAAGGGGAAUUUGAUUCCUCUGUAUCGAACCAUAUUCUCAGAUCAUCUAACUCCGGUUCUUGCAUACCGUUGUUUGGUUAAGGAGGAUGACAGAGAUGCUGCAAGCUUUCUGUUUGAGUCUGUCGAGCCGGGUUUGCGGGCUUCUAGUAUUGGGCGGUUCAGUGUAGUUGGAGCGCAGCCAACCAUCGAAAUUGUAGCAAAAGAGAAUAUGGUAACGAUUAUGGACCAUGAGGAAGGGUGUAGGAAGGAGGAGAUUGUGGAAGAUCCAAUGACUGUUCCUCGUAGAAUUAUGGAAGGGUGGGCACCCCAGCUCCUUGAUGAACUUCCAGAAGCAUUUUGUGGUGGGUGGGUUGGCUACUUCUCAUAUGACACUGUGCGUUAUGCUGAGAAGAAAAAACUACCAUUUUCUUCUGCCCCCCUGGAUGACAGAAACCUUCCAGAUGUUCAUCUAGGCCUUUAUGAUGAUGUGAUUGUUUUUGAUCAUGUGGAGAAGAAAGCAUAUAUUAUUCACUGGGUGAGAUUAGAUCGAUAUGCUUCAGUUGAUGAGGCCUUUAAUGAUGGAAUGAACCGAUUGGAAGCUUUAGUGUCUAGAGUACAUGACGUUGUCACCCCAAGGCUUCCUGCAGGUUCAAUAAAUUUGCACACCCGCCAAUUUGGUGCUAAACUGGAAACCUCAAGCAUGACAAGUGAGAAAUACAAGGAGGCUGUUUUGCAGGCUAAAGAACACAUCUUGGCUGGUGAUAUAUUCCAGAUUGUGUUAAGCCAGCGUUUUGAACGGAGAACAUUUGCAGAUCCGUUUGAAGUGUAUAGAGCACUAAGGAUUGUUAACCCAAGCCCUUAUAUGACUUAUUUGCAGGCUAGAGGAUGUAUUCUGGUUGCUUCAAGUCCUGAAAUUCUCACUCGUGUCAAGAAGGGAACUAUUACUAAUAGGCCCCUUGCUGGGACAAUUAGAAGAGGCAAGACACCAAAAGAGGACCUAAUGUUGGAAAAGCAGCUUUUAAACGAUGAAAAGCAACUGGCAGAGCAUAUUAUGUUAGUAGAUUUGGGCAGGAAUGAUGUUGGGAAGGUCUCAAAGUCUGGUUCUGUCAAGGUUGAAAAACUCAUGAAUGUCGAGCGGUACUCCCAUGUCAUGCAUAUUAGUUCCACUGUUACUGGGGAGUUACUAGAUGAUUUAACAAGCUGGGAUGCUUUGCGUGCGGCAUUGCCUGUUGGCACAGUCAGUGGAGCACCAAAGGUGAAAGCCAUGGAACUAAUUGAUGAACUGGAAGUGACAAGACGAGGUGCUUACAGUGGCGGAUUUGGGGGCAUUUCAUUCAAUGGGGACAUGGACAUUGCCCUUGCUCUGAGAACCAUCGUCUUCCCAACAAGCACGCGUUAUGAUACAAUGUUUUCCUACAAGGAUGUAAACAAACGCCGAGAAUGGGUUGCUCACCUUCAAGCUGGAGCUGGAAUUGUGGCUGACAGUGAUCCAGCCGACGAGCAGAGAGAAUGUGAGAACAAAGCAGCUGGUCUUGCUCGCGCAAUUGAUCUUGCUGAGUCUUCGUUUGUUGACAAACAUUUACAAGAUUGAUGAGCUUGUUGAUCAAUUCACGGAAGGUAUGAGGGUGCAGCUUUGGCCAAGUAUAAUCCAAGUUUCAAAAGGAGAGUGCUAAAAAGAGUUGUAGAUGGUCAGAUGCUUGGGACAGCACAGAAAUGGUCGGUUUAGUGCAGGGUUAAGGCUACGUAAUCUUGUUUGCUACUACAAUGGCUAUGCUUCUUUCUGAAUUUGGCAGAUGUUUUUUUUUGGGACGAAAAUACCACCUUUUUCCUUGGUCCCUUUACCGGAUAAUAUGCCGAGUGAUUUUAGUUGAGCACAUCAAAGUCGAUCUUUACAAUGUGUUGUUCUAUUUCACUACUUUCUUGCAUGAAAAUUCAGUAAUUCACUCUUUUUUUUUUCUUUCGUAAAUAUGUUAUUGGAGUAAAUUGAUAUAA